AUGUGGGAAGUACAAGCACCAAGGCUUCGUGAGCAAGAUCUCGCUGGGAAGGUCGCUGUUGUAACGGGUGCCACAAGAGGCAUCGGUAGAGCCAUCGCUCUGCAGUUAGCAACUCGCGGAUGUUCAGUACUAGGAACUUGCUCUGGACCAGACUCCUUGAUACUGAUCGACUCGCUCGCUCAUACCGUAUCCAAGCUGUACUCAGGCCACACCUCACCACCCAAAGUUGUUGGAGUAGCUGCAAACAUAACCCAGACAGACUGUGCACAGAAGAUUGUCCAAGCACUUGAGAAGAACUUCGAUGGCCUCGUUGACAUUCUGGUCAACAAUGCUGCUCACCCUAUCCGUGCCAAAAUCGGCGAGAUUGAGCCGCAGAUGGUUACGGAUGUCAUGAUGGCAAACGUCCAGACGCCUACGAUGAUUGUCAAUGAAUUUGUCAAGAAGAAGAUGUUCCGUACUAGCUCAAGAAUCGUCAACAUUGGUUCGGAUGCAGCUCGAGCAUCCAUUCCUGGAUUGCCAGGAAGGUCUCUGUAUACGACCUUCAAAUCAGCACUUGAGGGUCUCGCACGAGCCUGGGCAGACGAACUUGGUGCAAAUCCAGAGCUUGAGUUUAUGAAAGGCACCACGGCCAACACAGUUGCCGUAGGCUUCACGGAGACAGACAUGGUUAGCAAAAUGCCUCCCCCUAUGAGAGAGGCAGUCAACCAAAAUGUCCUUGCCAAACAGAGUUUGGGACCGAGAGCAGCUCUCCCUGAGGACAUCGCCGACGUCGUGGGUUUCUUGUGUGGACCUGACAGUCGUUGGGUUACCGGAUCAGUCGUCAGUGCCGAUGGUGGUAUGGUCAAGAUCAUGUAG